AUGGCGUCUCCUACUCCGGCGCCGCAACCUGCACUUGCGACUAAUGGCACCCCCGAAGUCCAACUCGAUAUAGCCAAGUUACAUGCCUUGCCUACUGAGCAGCAGGACCUUUACCUACUCACAUUCGUGUCGGAAUUGCAAAAACAUGUCGAACAACUAUCCGCUGAAGCCCUCCCCGUACAUCAAGCCUCAAUCAAGAAAGAAAUUAUCAAGAUCGUAGGCCUCGGUGCACCCGUGCCAUCUAGGGCUGUCAGGAACACGCUGGGUAGCAUAUUAGCGGACUUAUUUGGACGUGGAAGUCGAAGUCUGCUCUACGAGACUAUCAAUGAGUUGCUGGCAAUACUCAAUACAGGAAAACCAGAUAAAGAACUGUCUCUCAAACAUGCUGCGGUGGUCUGCCUCGGGGAGACAUUCCGCGCUGCUGGGGACAGUGCUAUCAGUCUUUCAGGGCUCGUCGUUUCGACACUUCUCAAGCUGGUGAAGACGUCACAUACAGGACUCAGAGGGAGAGCUUUCAGAGCCAUAAGCGGAGUUAUCAAGGGUAUCACCUCCAGUUUGGACGAGCACGUGGCCCGAGACAUUUGGAAACAGGCUCGAAAUGCCGCCGCCAAUGAGAAGUCCUUCUUCGUCCAGAGGUGUGCUUGUGUCUGUCUUCGAGAUCUAUUGGGAGAGACGGCUUAUUUCAACAAUUCCAACGAUUUCGACAACCUGAAAACAACCAUCUGGAAGGCCUCAGAUAGUGCUGCGGCUGUGAGGCAUGCUGCUGCAUUUGCAUUAGCUGAAGCACUUAGACAGGCAUACUCUGACAGUGGGGUUGCCAACGUUCCUGUCCUUCGAAAACCGAAGAAGUCCAAAAAGCCAGGUGCUGACUUGGACGAAGAGGUACAAAAUGAAAGGCCAAGCUCACCAACUCCGGGUCUGGCGAAGUCUACUAUUCGACUUGUCUUCUCACUGAGCGAAAUAAUGCGAGUUCUUUCGACCCAAUACUGUAAAACCGCUACGACAAAUCGAGCACGAGCGUGCAUCGCUAUGUGCUACAAAUAUCUUCUUCGAUUGUUACCGCGGAAGAUCUUGGAGGAAAAUUAUGGCUCUAUGGCGGUCCGCAUGUACGCUGACCUGCUGAGCCAUCCGACAAUUAAUUUCAACCGAUAUCGCAUGCUCCUAACCCGAAAGCUCGUUCACUCUAUCUUAUCAAAUGUUACCGGACUUCUCACAGAGAAUGCCCAGAUUAAUGCGGCACGGUUCCUGCUUAAUGAGGUCCUGAAGAACUAUCCCCAGGUAAUGCCAGAACGGAGGGAACCAUCAAAGCGAAUUAUUGCAGGCGCCUUAACAACAUUGACAGACUUACUUGAACGUCUUGGCCCUGCAGCUAGCAUAUUUCAAGAUUCUUGUCGAGAAGCUCUCUUUCAAGUCGUGCAGCAUCCGAGCCAUACGGUUCAAAGCCAUGUCAGUCAGUGUUUCAGAGCCUUCGUUCUUGGAUGUCCAAGUCAGCUUGUUCGGAACAUCGAACACGCCCUCUAUGAAGUUCAAAAGGAGUUCCAAGCUUCUGAAGGGAAGCAACCUCAUAGAAAAUCCUUAGGAUACGCCUUAAGCAUUGCAGUCAUGACUAGCUCGGCCCGACAGCGACCUUUAUACGGUUCAACUCGUAUUUAUUCCAACAUCUUCACAUUCGCCACUGAUCUGUUGAAAUCCAGCGCUGCGGCAGAACUGCGAACAUCAGCAAUUCAAGUUCAGGUGGCCUGGACACUCAUUGGCGGUUUGAUGAGCUUAGGACCAAGUUUUGUCAAAGUACACCAGAAUCAGCUCAUGCUGCUGUGGAGAAAUGCCCUGCCGCCACCUUUAACUCACGAGAAUGCAGCUAAGAGAGGCCAUUUGGAAUUGAGCUUUCUGUCGCAUGUACGGGAGUGCGCAUUGAGCGCUCUCCUAAUGUUCCUCACUUCCUGUAGCAGCCUAGUGACUACAGAUGGAUCAAAGCGUGUAUCGACCAUGUUGCACAACACAAUUCAAUUUCUAGAGAGCUUGCCAUCUGCCCGGGAAGCAGAAGACCUUUCACAUCGGUUGGUUCCUGCACUGCAACUACAAGACCUUGCCAUCAUGCUUCGAAGGCGUGUUCUUCAAUCCUUCACUGCUUUAAUUGGGUUGAAGCAUCUUGAUCAAGGCGACGUUGUAUCACAAUCUGAUUUGAUUGGUCUGACAAUGCGAACUUUCACAGAUCCUGAACGACCCAUUCUGAAGAAUUUGGAAACUUCUCUUGCCAGCGCGGCGAGCAACUUCGAAGGGCUAUGGUCUACAGGUGAUAAUUGGAGCUUUGGUGCCAGUAGCCUGGCCGAAAACUUUGAUUCAUAUUUACAUCUUCAAAAUCGUUUGCAGACUGACGCCACUACAUCUACUGAACAAGAGGUCGACUUUCCAGACAAAAUUGUCAGCGCUUCAGGUCUACCAGCGAUCGAGCAUGAUCCCAUUCUUCUAUGCCGACAUGACGCUACAUUGGAUGAGGUAGAAAUCAGUUCACCUGCAACUUCCUGUGUCAAUCUCGCAAUCAGGCUAUUUGCCAUUUCUUUGCCACUCCAAUCACCUCGCAUUCAAGAAAGUACAGUCGAACAACUCAUUACCGCAGUGUCUCAACCUCUACAACGUGAACCAGGCAGGAAAGCUGCUAUCCAGGUCAAUUCGGCUUUGGCACUUCUCUGCGGGUUUGCAGUUGCAAAUCACGAGACACCCUUUAUGGCAGGCAAACUUAACGUGGUUGCAACUGGCGGGGUCAUCCUUGAACUGUUAAGCAAAUAUGUUUGCAGUUCAGACUCUGUACUACGACAUAUUGCAGCUCGUGCUAUCGGUCGCCUUUGCAAUCUUGCAGGCACUCAAUUCACGAAUCAAGAGGUCAAAGUUCUCAUCGAUACAAUAGUAGCCAAUCGAGAUCCAAGCGCUCGUGCUGGCUGUGCCCUCGCCCUAGGCUACAUCCACUCCGAAGUCGGUGCAAUGGCAGCCAGUCUACACAUCAAAUCGAUUGUUGGCGUCCUCCUUUCCCUGUGCAGCGAUGGCCACACCACGGUUCAUUUCUGGGCACUGAAGGGGUUAGUUCAAGUCGCAGAAUCCGCUGGCCUUGCCUUUUCAACAUAUGCCACGAAUACGCUGGGCUUACUUGCCCAACUUUACAGCAAUGACACACACAACGAGGAAUCUGCAUCUAUUGCUACUUCAAAUCUUGAGCAGGAGCUCUUCACUCCCUCGGCUCUGGCUGAAUGUAUCGAUUCCAUCAUCAAUGUUUUGGGACCUGACCUGCAAGAUGUCUCGAAGGCCCGCAAUCUGAUUCUCAUCUUGAUUGGUUAUCUACAGAAAGAGUCUUAUGUCCAGCUUCGGGCUGCGAGCUAUCAAUGCCUCCGUCAUUUAUCAUUGUACGCUCCUGCCCAUGUCCAAUUUUCGAAAUAUGUUCAGGAUCUCCAAGUCAACCUUGCAUCCGAGGAGGAAUUACUGCAGUCGUCCGCGAUUAAAGGCCUGGGGGAAUUGAUGAAACGAAACUCCUCCGAGGUCGCAAGGGUAGCAACAUCCAAAUUAAGUGACGAGUUGUGGACCCGAUUGGAUGAGUCGACAAAUGAUAAAGCUGUUCAAGCAAUGCUACAGAAUUGGAUGCAACAAACAAUCUUGACCAAUACAUCUGAAUGGAUUGAAAAGUGUCAGACCAUUCUUUCUAGGACAAGGGCGAAGAAUGAGGAUCCGGCUAAAGCAGUUACAGCCACAACAAAGACAGCCAUGCCAGAUCUGGCCGAUGAUGAGGUUGCAGGAUUUGCUACUGCAGUUCAAGGCGAAAGUACCGACCCUGCACCAGAAGGGCAAGAGUUCCUGCGAUGGCAAACUCGAGAUUUCGCCAUGCGAUUACUGAGUGAAUCCAUGAACAUAAUCCAGGCUGCUAUGUUGCCAGAACAAGUCAUCCAUGCAGAAGAAGUCUUACAGAGCAAGGUGGCUGAGGUUAUUCGAGUGGCUUUCUCGGCCUCCACAGCGAAUGUUGUGGAACUUCGGAUCUGGGGUCUUCGAAUUAUCGACCAAAUUUUAAAACUGUUUGGGAAAACUCCAGAUCCAGAUUUCCUUGAAGCUUCCUUGCUUGAGCAAUAUCAAGCGCAAAUCAGUUCGGCGCUGACGCCAGCCUUUGCUGCGGACUCGUCUCCUGAGCUUGCCGCCGAAGCCAUCGGCGUGUGUGCAACGUUUGUUGCCACCGGUAUAGUAACGAAUGCGGAUCGCAUGGGACGCAUAUUCAAGGUGCUCUCCGUCGGAGUUGACAAUCUUACACAAACCACUCCGGAACCAUCAAUUGGAGAUCUGAAAGAUUUGAGCCCCAACGCGCAGGCGAUGUUGAAGAUGAGCAUCUUGUCGGGUUGGGCCAAUUUGCAGUUAGCCAGUGGUGAACAGCCAUACCUCGAUGAGAUCCUACAACCAUUCAUACCAAAAUUGGCCCCACUCUGGCUUACUUCGCUUCAAGAAUUCGCUGGCCUGAGAUUUGAGCCUGAGAUUUCUGAUACCCUUGGAGGGGAGGUCGCUGGGGGUAACCUUGACGAGCGAUAUGCCUCAUUCAAUCGUGAGGUGAGGCUGAAGUUCUAUCAACAGAAUUGGCUCAGUAUAGUGGAUGCCAUCGCUGUAUUGGUCGAGAGAGAUAGUGGUUCCGUCUUUGAUGCGCUAGACAACAAACGCAUCUCAUCUCUUGAUGGACGGGCAGAUGCAGCCGCCAGCUCAGGCCGAGAUAUGAGUUUCAGAGAGGAGCCUGUGGCGUUCUUCUUUAUUCUAUUCGGCUUGGCCUUUGAAGCUCUGGUGACACAAGCGCGAGAAGACCCUUCACAAGCUUUGUCUAUCUUACAGGCCUUGCGGAAAAUUCUGACGCCUGCCGUCAGUGGACAUGCCAUUUAUGAGGAGGCUGUCUUCAAUGAGACAACCGACACACUCGACCGUCUUGCCUUAACAAGCACCCGAGAGACACAGAGUGUGCUAGUGGAAAUUGCGCGAAACCUUUCCCUUGACCACCUGACAGCUAAGAGUCAAGACCGUGAUGAUAAACUGUCCGAUGAUAUUGAGCAAUUGUUCGAAUUGACUCGCAUCAUCAUCUUGGUAUUGACAGGUCUCAUCCCCACCCUCGAAGAUCCUCCCGGCUCAGCAGCCCGUCGGCUUGGAGAAGAUGGCCUGGCUCUUGUGGAGUUGUCAUUCAAGGCUCUGGUGGAUGUGGCAGAGGUAUUCCCUGCUAUCAUUCGCGCAGACCUACACGCUUGCAUCAUUCACAGCUAUUGCACCAUCCUCGCCACUGGAAUCUGUCAGGAUGAAGUCGUGCCUCGCCUGAUGCCAAUCUUCAAAUCCUUCCUGCAGGACAUUGGCAAGUCUGAUUCUGGAGAAGCCAGUUCUAGAUUAAUUCGAGGCUGCUUGCACCGGAUGCUAACGACGCUCACUAUUGCCCAGCGUCGUGAGAAUGACCAUGCGAUCGUCUGCGCAAAGAAUACCCUCCUGUCAAUGACAAUUCUGAUCACAACCGCGAGCGCACUCAUGCCGGCCAAUGACGUCCUCAUCCAGAGGUCAAUCUCUGAACUCCUGGACUGCCUUCAAGACGUGGGGCUGGCGAAGAUCGCCGCGGGCUGCAUUCGAUCGAUGCUUGUCGCCAAACGGAAGAGCCCAUGUGAAGAGCUCAUCGCGCGAACACUUUGGAUACAGCUGAUCCCCUUCGUCAGCGACGGCGAGCGGGAAGAUCCGGAGAACGUCAAGCCAUCCCUCACUCAAUCCCUCGUCGCCUCCGUGGCUGCCAUCGAAAGAUCGGGCCGUUUUGCCGCAACGUCGAUCCUGGUGCCGGUCCUGCUCUUGCGCGCGUCUCAACCAUCGUCAACGUCACAGGGUAACGUGGGUGCGAGCGGCAGUAUAGAGAAGCCACGCAAAGAGAGCGCCGCGAGACUCCUCGAGCUCGUUGCUGCCGAUCAGCUCGCGUUCAAGGUCACGGUGGGCCUGCUAAGUGAAGAGCAACGGUCCGAACUAGAAAGUCUCCUCCGCGAAGCAGGCAUCGGGAAGCGUCAGAAGGCGGAUAACGACAAUGCCGAUGAUGCCAAUUCCGACGCGAAGCCGGCUAUUCAGCUUCGUAUGGAUUUCGACUGA